AUAGCCUGGCUCUAGCUCACAGCUGUUUAACUGUUCCAUUUGGCCAUUGCCGCGUUUUCUUUUAUUUACCUCAGAAUCCAUUCCAUAAAAGCACCUUGUUUUCUUAAAAAAAAGUAUAUUUUCCUUUUAAUUAAUUCGAAACAUAUGUGUGUCGGUUUAAAAUAUUUUAAACAUGGCUUUGGCUUAUGAUAUGUGUUCUUCGCGUUGCUGCAAUAUCUGUCUUUUGUUGGAAGUGGAGAAACAAUCCAAAGGAGCUUCACCAUCAAAGGAGCCAAUGCCUCAGAAGUUGCACAAAUGCAGUGGCUGUCAGCUAGUAAUGUAUUGUAGUCAAGAGCAUCAGCGUAUGGAUUGGCAACUGCAUCGUGGUUUUUGUCGUGCCAUCAGCCAAAUUAUGAGCAAUUAUCAGAUCAAGCAUCCAUACCUUAUAAGUGGACAACCUCAUGAUAGUUACACAAUGGAACGCGCUAUACUUCAAGUUAAGUACUUGCUACGCACCUUACUUGGUCGAAAACUCGAAUAUCACGAAGAGGAACUGACUUCAUUCCCAGCAUAUUGCGAAAUUUGUUACCAUUUAGAACGCGUACAAAGUUGCACUCGCUGUCAUGGUGUCUCCUAUUGUUCACCGCAACAUGCUGCUCAGGACAGCGAACGUCACAAGGCCCGAUGUGGUCUUCUUCAACUAUACUACUGUCCAUACAAAGUACAACCACAAAUGUCGCCCGAUAUGUUAGUGGAAGAUUUACGCACACCAGUAGACGAUGUCCUAACUAUGGACUUGAAGCAAGCCUUCGAGCAUAUAACCUCGCGCAAGCUACCUAACGUGCCAACAGCCUCAAUGAAAAACUAUCAGCUCUUCUCAUGUGCCGGAGAUUUCAGUUGUAUUGGCACCAUUUGUUUCACACUCAGAUUCACUGAAAUGGCUGAGUUCAAAGGAAAUAAGUUUGCCAUUUUCAUCUUGGGCGCUACAGUAGAACAAGACCUUUGGUUUCGCCAAAUUCACACAAAAUGGUUUUUCUUGCAGUUCAAACAAAUAACAAGACUGGAGCUGUAUUUCAUUGGUCCAGAAGUAUUAGGAGCCGCAAGACGAGAAAUUACCUAUAAUUAUAUGGGUGCCGAUCGCACUGUGUUGUACACAAGUUAUCGUAUGCUGUUCCAAGAAUUCACCAAGGAGACCCGUCUGAAACCUUCAUUGAUAGCUAUUUUCAAUUGUGGUUUCUCCGAGCAUGCCCCAUCGACAGUAGCAGAGCAGAAGGAGCAACGUGAACGAACGGGCAUACCAGGUGAUGCAUGUGCCACCAAGGACACAUGGUCACAUGGCAUUUUAGAAAUGUUGCAAACCUACGAUUUGCCAAUACUCUUCACCUCGUUAACACGCCUUGAGGCAGACUUUGAUUAUGGCGCCAUUUUGCGAGUAGCUCAAGCCGAUCGUCUGGAAACGCGAAUCAAACGUCUUUUCGAUGUUAAGAAAAAUCCUUAUCGUGAUCUCCGUCCACUGAGAAACUGGCAAAACCAAAAUGACGAUGAUAUAUUUUACCGAAACGGCUAUGUGCAAGCGGUGAUAUCACAAAUUGCCAAAUGAGCGCUUGUAGUGCUCGAGCGUACUUUGGGUGUAGAGUGCAAUUUUUUAUGGAUUUUAUUUUAGCGAAACACUGCAUUUAUUUUCACUCUAUUAUAUACGUACAAAUUUAAAGUGGUUUAAACUUUAAAGAAAUAUUUUAAGCAUUUAUUAGAAUAUAAGAUAGAUAUUUACAUUUGAAGACUGCGCGUUUAGUUUUACAAAGCACAUUGUUGAUGUAAGAAUACAUGUACACACGUAUCUGCUUAUAGUUUAAAUGUGGGUUUAGUUCUAGACUUAAGAUUUUUAGUAAAAACUUG